GGAGGGGAGUGAGCUGUAUGACUGACUGCAGAUCUGAAAUAGUGUGUGUUCUCACGGUAUAUGAAACGUGACGCAGUUAUAGCUGCUCUGAUCUGAUUUACUCCACAGAAGAAGAUAAAAACACAGAGGAGGAGAGAAACAGAAGGAGCCGAGCUCGUGCCCGUGCGCGCUGCGCUCUAAGAGAAGUGCGCGUUGGAGUGCACGUGGAUGAAAGUACUGUAGCGCGCGCAACAGGAGCAUGCCAUAAAAAUAACCAACUGCGCGUUUUUCCCUCUCAGAGCUGCCACUGUUCACACUCUGUUGGCUUAACCUGACACUCAAAUGACCUCUUUCCUCCAUGCAUCAGCAAUGAAUAUGUCAACCAACGAAAGCGACCCUUUUGGUCGGAACGAGGAGGUGGCCAAGCUUGAGAUCACGGUGCUAAGCCUGACCUUCGUCGUAGCCGUCGCGGGCAAUCUCAGCGUCCUGGCAGCAAUGUGCAAGACGAAGAAGAAGCCGUCGCGCAUGCACCUUUUUAUGAAGCACCUGAGCCUGGCAGACCUGGUGGUGGCCUUUUUUCAAGUGUUGCCACAGCUCUGCUGGAAGAUCACAUUCCGCUUCUACGGGCCAGACUUCCUGUGCCGGAUCGUGAAGCACCUCCAGGUGCUGGGUAUGUUUGCGUCCACGUACAUGAUGGUGAUGAUGACGGUGGACCGCUACAUUGCUAUAUGCCACCCGCUGAAGACCCUGCAGCAGCCCACACGUCGCUCCUACGUCAUGAUCGGCAGCACGUGGCUGGGCAGCCUUGCUCUCAGCAGCCCACAGUACUUUAUCUUCUCGCUCAGCGAGAUCCGCAAUGGCUCCGAAGUCUACGACUGCUGGGGCCACUUCAUCGAGCCAUGGGGCAUCCGCGCCUACAUCACCUGGAUCACAGUUGGCAUCUUCCUCGUGCCUGUCAUCGUGCUGAUCAUAUGUUACAGCUUCAUAUGCUACAGCAUCUGGAGGAAUAUCAGGUGCAAGACAAGGAAUAGGGCGUGCAAAAACGGGCUGAUAGGGAAUAGCUCAGUGAGCAGUGUGACCACCAUAUCUAGAGCCAAACUUAGGACUGUCAAAAUGACAUUUGUCAUCGUGCUGGCGUACAUAGUGUGCUGGGCGCCGUUUUUCACCGUGCAGAUGUGGUCGGUUUGGGAUAAGAACUUCCACUGGGACGAUUCAGAGAACACAGCAGUGACUCUCUCAGCCUUGUUGGCGAGUUUGAACAGCUGCUGCAACCCCUGGAUCUAUAUGAUCUUCAGUGGUCACCUCCUUCAGGAUUUCACACUCUGCUUCCCCUGUCAUCGUAAAAUACACGGCAAUGACAAGAAAGAGGAUUCAGACAGCAGCUUACAGAAGGCCACUGUACUCAUCAAGAUCCCGAAUCGGAGCCCCGUAUGUGGUUUAAAAGACCUCAAACAUUCCUCUAAAUCUACUCAGCUGGAGACGUGAUGCUUUUAGAGACUUAUGCAGUAAAUCUCAAGCAUAGAGAAAGCACAAGAGUCGCAAUCAUCAAGCACAAGAUAUUUCUGUGCCCAUCAAAUGAGCUGGUUUAAAAUGUCUUUUGGCUCAAGUGAGCCUGUACUGCCAUUCUCAUGCCAGUACAAACACCUGAAACACAGAAAUGAAAUGACCUGAAGUUGAAAUACACAUUUCUUGCUUUUAAAUACCUAUAAAAAUGUGCAGCAGUGGAAAACUGUGAUGUAGUACUCAGUGUUCCUGGUCUUCUGAGAACUUGUUUUUUUAAACAAGAUUACACACUGAGCUCCUGGGAAUUUGGUUUCAUAAAUGAUCAUG